GACUCCUUAUCGAAACCUUAUUGACCAUCCUGACGCUGGAUGACUUCGACCAACAACACACACUCAUUCCAGUCAUUUUCACGUUUUUGCUUGUGGAAACAAGACAUAAACCCAUUUUUUUGCUCUACAGUACGGAAUGAUGGAAGAGAAUCGAUUCAUGGUGUCUGUAGCGAAAAUUGACGCCGGAAUGGCUAUUUUGUUGACGCCUUCUUUUCACAUCAUUGAAUUUCCUUCCAUUCUUCUUCCAAAAAGCUCAAAAGCAGGAUCUAUUAUUGAUAUUUCUAUUCAUCACAAUAAGGGAGAAGAGGGUGCUCGGGAGAAUGCAUUUAAUGAAGUUCAAGAAGAGAUUUUGCAUCUUUACGGAGAGAAUACGCCGAAACCGCCCGUUCUGCGAGUCCGCAACGUUACACAAACAAACAUCGUUCUCGAGUGGGAUGCUCUACGUCUUGGCUCGGCCGAUUUGAAGGGACUUGCCCUGUACAAAAAUAAGGUCCGGACAUGCAAGAUUCACGAUCCCAUGAAUACGACAUGCAUCAAGCUCAGUGGUCUUUCUCUUGACACAGAGUAUGUAUUUUUCCUCAUGUUGAGCACGACAGCCGGCAGUUUUGCGAGUGCUCCGAUAAGAGUUCGCACACAAAAGAUGAUCGAUCUCACAGGUAUACAAGUAUGUGUCGGCAACAUUCUUCCUGAGGAGCUGGAUGCCUUAAAGCAGUGUGUUGAGCGGAUUCACGCCAAGCCUAUUCAGACCAGCGUUCGCAUCGACACUACGCACUUUAUCUGUUCCUCCAUUGGCGGUUCUGAAUACGAACGCGCCAAACAAAACAACAUACCCAUUCUUGGUGUUGACUAUUUGCUGCGAUGCGAGUCGGAGGGCCGUCUAGUAAAUGUGUCUGGUUACUACAUCGAGAAUCGUACUUCUGCUACAGCAACAGCUGCUCCGGCUGCCCAACAAGCUAGACAGCCUGAGCAAAACAUGCAGACAGUCCAUAUCCCUGAGCAAUCCGAAACUCAUGUUGUUCCUGCAGCACCUGCUGAGGCUCCUGAGACGACGGAAACCCGUACUCCUGAAAAUACUGUAGACGUAAGUAGCGAAGUACCUCUUCCUCACCAAGCUUCUUCCGCCGAACCUGUUUCCGGCUCCCAAUUUCCUGAAGCCGAGUCUGCAACAGCUGCAUCGGCUGCGCCUGAGCCCGAGCGUAUUGAGGAACACGCUGAAGAGCACAUCAUUCGCACGGUUGAGGAAGAAAGUGCAUCUACAGUUCCUCCGACCCAGCACAAAAUGCAGACAACACCAAUUGCAGCUGAAAAUAUAGUCGAGGAAACUGUCCCUGAUGCUCAACUGCCGUCUGAACAGAUCACCGAGGAAGCUGUCUCCGACAACACCGAAACAGUCGAAGACGAAACAACUCUUUCUGAAGCGGGAGAACCACAAAUUGAGGAGGCCGCAUCUCAGGUUCACCCGGAAGAUCGGGAGGUCACCGAAGCUGCUAGCACUACUGUGGAAGUGGAAGCCGAGGAGCCUGCCGUUGAGGCCGCUGCUGAGGAACCUGUUGAGGAGCCUGUUGAGGAGCCUGUUGAGGAGCCUGUUGAGGAGCCUGUUGAGGAGCCCGUUGAGGAGCCUGCUGAGGAGCCUGUUGAGGCCGCCGCUGAGGAACCCGUUGAGGAACCUGUUGAGGCCGCCGCUGAGGAACCCGUUGAGGAACCUGUUGAAGAAACCAACGCUGCUGAGGAAAUCGUCAUUGAGGAACCCACUGCGGAGCUCGCCGUUCCUGAUGAUGCCGAGCCCGAAGAACCUACAGCUGAAGCUGAUGUUUCUGCCGAUGCCACUGCGGAUGACCCUGCAGUAACAGAGCAGGAACCUCAGUCUGAAGAAUUAGACGCCCCUGUCGCUGCUGAAGCUGAAGCGGCUACUGAAGAAACUGAGCAACCCUCUGAAGAACCCUCUGAAAAGCCCGCUGCUGCUGGUGAAACUGAUGAUUUUGAGAGCGUAUCCAUCAACUAAUGGACGACAAAUGCUCUGUCUACGGAACUAUUCCAUUCAUGCAAAGUUGACGAAGUGUUUAUGCAACUGAUUACUAUACAAGCACUAAUGAUUAUUUAUGCAGAUUCUCCACUUUUCAAGCCGUUUGACCAGUUUCCUUUUCUUUUGUUUGUGCAAGAGCAUCGCUUUGUACCCCCGCAGUUGUCGUUCCCAAGGAAGAAUGCCUGUUGACGGUGAGUAUUCAUCCCUGGCUGGUGAACCUGUUACGUACAAUACUGAAUGGUUUUGUUCGUUUGAGGAAUGGGCUCCUCACGUAUGAGUACUUCUUUUCCCGCUUCGUUGCUGCUACUUAAGACGGCAUAUUGCCAAAUAUUGGGCAGUGUUGCGUACAGCUCUUCUAUGCCCUGUAACGCAAUCCGAAGGAAUCUAUGUUUUAAAAUCUGGGCGUCUCUGCAGUUUCCGUGGUUGCAAAUCGGCGAUUCUGUGUAUAGAGCUACUUGUGUCAGGUAGUAAAUGUCAUUCUGCUGGAAUGUCAACAGGUGGGAUGCUAGGAAAUGCAUGAUUAAUGAUAGUCGUAAACGACACAACGGCGUUGUAUAUGAAUUGCAAAUGACUCUAUGGUGCAUUAUGUCUUAUAACUGAUUUCUUUGUUGUUAAUGUUCUUUGUUAUGACAGACCAAUUCGAAGCAACAGAUUUCCCGUCAAAGCGCUAUUCUUUGAAACGCGUAGAGGCUGGUAAUAAAACGACAAACUUCGCAAUGACAACUGUACUGUAAAAGGCAGGUUUUGUUGUACUGAAAUACGAGGAGACUGUAGUUUUUUGUUUUCAUAGCUACUUGUCCAUAGAGAUU